AUGGCGAACUUCAAUCUCAACUCGAUGACUUCAUACUCUCAUCUGCUAGGAUCUUCAACGAAGAUUCCCAUGCUCAUUUCAGAAUACUAUGAUCAGUGGUCUGAUCGUAUGAAAGAUUACUUGAAUGGACUCAAUGAAGAACUUUGGUCUUGCAUCUCAUGGAAUAUUACUCUUCCGACGAAUCUUCAACCAAUUGGGUCGUCAUCUAGUACUACGAGUGUGGAUAAUCAAUCUGAUCGAAUGAAGAAACUUGAGAAACGAUGCAUAAGGGAGUUACGUGAUGCAUUGCCUCUGGUUCUGUAUAACUAUGUCAGGAUUUGUACACAUGCUAAAGAAAUCUGGAAUAAUCUCAAAGAAAAGUUUCAAGGUAGCGAGAAGACGAAAAUCAAUUCAGUUAAGCAAUGUUUGAUUGAAUUGAAGGAUUUCAAGCAAAAAGAUGGUGAAAUGAUUGAAAGUUACUAUGAUAGGCUGAACGAGCUGAUUUAUAAAUGCAAUCGUUAUGGAAUCACAAGGUCUGCCAUGGAAUUUAAUCUCACAUUUGUUAUGGGACUCCGUAAAGAAUGGAGGAGUGUUAGCAUGAUGGUGAAAAAUCAACAGAGUUUCGACACAUCUUCUUUGAACGAUUUGUACAAUAAACUAAAAACUCACGAAAGUGAAGUGAAAGAAAUGGCAGAAGAGUAG